AUGGAUGUUAAUCAACUUGCUGAGCACUGUUCGGACUUGGUCAUUGAUGGUGAGGAGAUUGGAGGUUUGGACGUGCCCGAAGAGUUGGCUGCGACUGAAACUGCUCCACACUGGGACCUGGUAGGCUGUUUCUUGACUGAUCGUACCAUCAAGUUUGAUCAUAUGCAGCAGGUGUUUGCUUCCGUCUGGCGGCCUAUGAUGGGUAUGAGGGUUCUCUCGCUGGAGGACGAUCGCUUUCUUUUCCAGUUCCCUCAUGCAAAGGACAUGCAUCGGGUUAUAGACGAUGGCCCGUGGUCGUUUGAGAAUCAGACUUUUGUGUGCAAAGAGGUCCCCUCGGGUACUAGGCCGGAGGAUGUGAUAUUGGAUACGGUGAUGUUCUGGGUGCAGAUUCAUGACCUCCCAACUGCUUAUGCUAAACCCGAGUUCAUCGCUCAAAUAGGGGAUUAUGUGGGUUCCUUUGUUCUAGAGGAUCUGAACAACUUUGGUGGUACUUGGAGAAGGAGUUACUAUCGCAUAAGGGUUGCGAUAAGGAUAGUUGAACCAUUGAAGAGAAGGAUGAAACUUAACCGCAAGGAUGGGUCUUCUCAUUGGGUUUCGUUUAAAUACGAAAGAAUGAGUACUUUCUGCUUUUGUUGUGGUCUUUUAGGCCAUUCGGACAAAUUUGUUAGGAACAUAUUGUAA